AUGGGAUUCCUGGGUCACCACAAGCUCGACCCCGUCGUCGAGCCUAUCGCCUUAUUCGAACAAUAUGUUGCCAAGGAGCCGCAGACACUAGUCCUGAAAGAAAAGGUGCUCUCCGUAUCGGGGGAUAGCUUCGAUAUCAAAACCGCCGAGGGCCAGCCAUUUCUGAAAGUGCAUGGAGCCUGGGUAUCGCUCUCGGGUCGCAAGAAGGUGGAGGACACCAGUGGCAAACAUCUAUUUGACAUUACCAAGGAGCUCUUGCAUAUCCAUUCGACAUAUGCAAUUGAAGACAGCCACCGCAAGAAAAUCUGUGAGGUCAAGAGCAAUCUUACACGUGAGUAUUUCGUCGAAAGCAUUCUCAUUCCAGAAAGGAAAGGAGACCCGUGGGCCCUGGAACAGAUCAUUGACCGUAUUAGUGCUUGGCUCCAAGGCCACAGCCAGUUUCACUGA